ACACAGGCGGAUUAUGGAUGUGACAUCUGCGAACCCAAAGCCAAAAACUUUUAUUUGUGUAGAGUGUGGGUCAUACUCGGCAUUGAAAUUCAAGAAAUACCCCAGUGGAGCUAUCAAGCUUUAUCAAUGUGUAACUUGUGGUGAUGUUGUUGAUAAAUAUAUUGAAUAUGACAGUGUUAUGGUCCUUUUGGAUAUCCUUCUGCAUAACUCAAAAGCAUAUCGCCAUGUCUUGUUCAAUGUUGAAGUAAAGGUUUUGAGGCAGCUUCUCGUCCUGAGCAUAUUAUGUGAUACCUACAUGAGAUGGGCUGCAUUCCAUCAGUUUUGUUUCGACGAUUCAUCUCUUUCUAAUAACUGGCACCUCGUCCUUGAGCUGCAGUUUUACAAAAUGCUAGGAAUCAGCUCAUUGGAACUUUGCAUUAAUAUCUGCGUUACAUCUGUAAUCGUAUCAUUUGCAAAUCGCAAGAAGAUGAGUUUUUCUGAAAGCUUUCAAAGCAUACCCAAAAGUUUGUUAAUGUCAAGUUAUGGAAAAUUGCUAGCUUUAGCAGCGUUGGUUUGGAACCCUGAUAACAGCUACUGGUAUUUGGUUUUAACAAAAAUGUUUGUUAUAACUUCAAAUGCUGAAGCAAUAAAAGUAAUCAGUCAUCGAACCAUUGCUGAGUCAGUGGCUUAUGUCGCUUGUGGAGUUCUUGCUGGCUUCCUCGUUCAAGAUUACUUAUUGUCGACAAAACUGGCCGAUUGGCAGUUCACGAAGCCAGCCUGAUUUUGCAACAGUGUUCUUCGUGGUUGGUCGUCAAUACACCGAGAAAUUGCCCCUUCUUGAAUGCUCUUGCGUAACAGGCAUGCUUUGGGACUAAUCUCCUACUGUAUGAAAAUACCAAAUACAGUCCAUUUUUGCUUCAAAGUGUUCUGCUUUACCUACAAGGAGAUCAGGCUUCGAAUUUCGAAAAUGAUCUUUCAGGAUUACCGGAACGAGUGUAUCCAGCCAGGUAGUCAUAACAGUGACACUGCAUAACUUCUAGCUUACAAACGCAUCAAAUACCUUUUGCUACCAAUGCAUCCCAAGAUCCUUGUAUUCUGAAGUGAAGAACUGCACUGAAGACCUUCUCAAUGAAAAGUGGGUAGUAAAAUCAGAAAGACGCAGGAAUAAGUUUAUGUGUUAAUCACGGAAAAUUUAACAAAAGAGCAGCACUUAACAGGUAUGCACUUGGCUAUCUUGCAAAAGGAAUGUUGGAAUGUUGGAAUGAUGGAAUGUUGGAAUGAUGGAAUGUUAAAAUGUAAAAUAUAUGUAACUCCGUUUUGAAAUGGAAUGAAUCACACCAUCAGUAGCAAAAUCACACCUUAAAUUAGUAACCAUAUUCAACCUCAGUUUUGAUGCAAUCCAUGUUGUCAAUUAUUUGUAAUCAGAAAUAAAAAACAAGUCUUAUAUUUCUUUUUAACGGGGCCCCUUUUCGGUAAAAAGGGGCCCCUUUUUGCUAGAUUAUGCUGGGGGCUGGUGGGCCAGUCUGCCACUGCUUAAUGUUUCUGUGAAACACAAGUUCCCAUUUUUUGCUGAUUAUUGAAACAUCUACUUUGAAUCAAGUGUAUCUUUUUAUCAGCUACAAUAAUUAAACAUUUUUGUUAAGCCGGAGCAGAAAACUCACCAAAAUGACUUCUUAGCUUGCUAUUCACGUAAAUCAACUCAUGCUUAAUUUCACGAACCGCUAUUGAAUCACAUUGGCAUUUCAGCUUUUUUUCCAAAUUUCUUCUUCUGACUAAUUUUUCCCCCAAUACUUUUAAUUUGAGUUUACGAAGUAGAUUUAUAAAUAAACUUUGCUUCUUUGAGUUUUUAUAAUCUGUCCGGUUUUGGCAUUUCAUUGAAUCACAUUGGCAUUUCAGCUUUUUUUCCAAAUUUCUUCUUCUGACUAAUUUUUCCCCCAAUACUUUUAAUUUGAGUUUACGAAGUAGAUUUAUAAAUAAACUUUGCUUCUUUGAGUUUUUAUAAUCUGUCCGGUUUUGGCAUUUCAUUGAAUCACAUUGGCAUUUCAGCUUUUUUUCCAAAUUUCUUCUGCUGACUAAUUUUUUUCCCAAUACUUUCAAUUUGAGUUUACGAAGUAGAUUUAUAAAUAAACUUUGCUUCUUUGAGUUUUUAUAAUUUGUCCGGUUUUGGCAUUUCAUUGAAUCACAUUGGCAUUUCAGCUUUUUUUCCAAAUUUCUUCUGCUGAAUAAUUUUUUUCCCAAUACUUUCAAUUUGAGUUUACGAAGUAGAUUUAUAAAUAAACUUUGCUUCUUUGAGUUUUUAUAAUCUGUCCGGUUUUGGCAUUUCAUUGAAUCACAUUGGCAUUUCAGCUUUUUUUCCAAAUUUCUUCUGCUGACUAAUUUUUUUCCCAGUACUUUCAAUUUGAGUUUACGAAGUAGAUUUAUAAAUAAACUUUGCUUCUUUGAGUUUUUAUAAUCUGUCCGGUUUUGGCAUUUCAUUGAAUCACAUUGGCAUUUCAGCUUUUUUUCCAAAUUUCUUCUGCUGACUAAUUUUCUCCCCAAUACUUUCAAUUUGAGUUUACGAAGUAGAUUUAUAAAUAAACUUUGCUUCUUUGCGUUUUUAUAAUCUGUCCGGUUUGCAAGAAUUAUGUUUCUGAAAUCUAUCAGCGUUUUCAAUUCUAACUUUAAUAGCUUCAUUCGCCAAAUAUUCUUCCAGUAGACCCAGAAUAUUACAAUAAAUUGGAAUGUGAGUUUGCAUGGGUGAAGAAAGUGACUGAUGAGGGUAGUGAAAUGCAGAAGAGUUCCAGUAGCUUUUGUGAAAAGAGUUAGCUAAAAAAACUCUUAAUGAUGAUUACAAGUCAACUGAAUACAAACGCCUAGCUGUGGAUAUAUCAACAUCGAAACAUUCAGUCUUCCUUCUAAAAGCAUGUCUUUUAUCUUUAGACUUCAAUUAUAAAAGGAGGCAAUCUUCAGAUACCAAUCGUAAAAGUAGGCAAUGCAUAAAGCAACUAACGCUGGCUCAAACACUGCGGUAAAGGAACUCAACAUUAAUGACCAACCCUUGACUGACGUAAGCUUUCUUUAACAGACUAGUUGAACUUUUGUCAGAAACGAGCGCUCGUUACGGAACAAAAUUUCUGGCAAGGCAGGCCAGCUUCCUAGAAAACUAGCGAUGUCCAGAUAUCAAAGAGUGUCUACAGCGAAAUAAUGAGAUGAGAGGCAGUGGCGGAACUAUCGGGGUGAGAGCUACCCGAGCUUUUGCUGAAUUGUCGAAUGAAAUACAAUUUGGGUAAAUUUGGCCAUAUUUCGACAAAGUUGCUUGUUGUUGGAGCGCCGAAAUAAACGAAGAAUUUUACAUUUUUAUAUACACUUGCAGUAGGAAAUUUGUUCAAGAAUCACAAACUCAAUAGUUAGUAAACGGUGGAGAAGGUCCCUUCUGUUUUCGACAUCCGAGUAUGCCUUCACUUUAUUUAUUUGAAAAAUAUCCUGCUCUGCAACAGAACACUUGACAUCCCCUAAGAAAUUUUUCUAGCACCGCCCCUGGCUCUAAGGUACAAUCUCCUCUUUUAGAUAAACUGCGUAAAAACAUUAGUAAGAAGUGAAAAGGGGCUGCAGUUGGCAUUUACAAUGAGGAGUCAGCCCCCCCCCCCUUAGCCCCAAGAGCUUGAAACCUCUGCAGGAGGAUCGUUGUCUGCGUUUAAAAAUACAUUAUCUCUGCGUUUAAAGCUGCGUUAUUACUGCGUUAUCUGAUUAAGUCUGCGUUUGAAGAUCAUAGGCCGUAUGACUGUCGGAUAUCUAAAUAUCAAUUUCAUUAGAAAUGAAUUUUAAUGCAUUAAAAGAGAUCGGAAUCUUGUUAAUCUAAUGGUUGCGGAAAUGAAAAUUGAUGAUUUUUCUACAAAAGGACAAUUCUAUGUUAAUGGCUAUGCUGAUUCACUGCGGCUUGAUAGAAAUGGUGAAGGUGGUGGCCUGU